ACGGCUUCGGUGGCGCGCCGCUCGCCGUCCGCCGCGUCUGCUGAGGCGAGCGAGGGCUGUUUGGUGACGCCGAGCGGCCGCGGCCUUCGCCCCGCCCGAGGCGCCCCGUUCACCCCCCCCUCCCACACAGCCCCUCGUCCCGGUCCCCGGUUCCCCGUCCGCCCACCGCAGGCCUGGCGGCGUCGGCGCGGGGCGAGCAUCUCCUCAGGGCCAUGUCGAGGCCCAGCAGCGUCUCCCCGCGGCCGCCGGCCCCGGGCGCGGGCGGCCCGGCCUCGGGGGGUCCCGGGGGCGGCGGCCGGGCCAAGGGACUCAAGGACAUUCGUAUCGACGAGGAGGUGAAGAUCGCCGUGAACAUCGCCCUGGAGCGCUUCCGAUACGGGGACCAGCGAGAAAUGGAAUUUCCCUCUUCUUUGACUAGUACUGAAAGAGCCUUUAUUCAUCGGUUGAGUCAGUCUCUUGGUUUGGUCUCUAAGAGCAAAGGAAAGGGAGCAAAUAGAUACCUAACUGUGAAGAAGAAAGACGGAUCAGAAACAGCUCAUGCAGUGAUGACCUGUAAUUUGACUCAUAAUACAAAACACGCUGUUAGGAGCCUAAUUCAGAGAUUUCCUGUCACCAAUAAAGAGCGUACUGAACUUCUGCCUAAAACAGAAAGAGGAAAUGUGUUUGCAGUUGAAGCUGAAAACAGAGAAAUGAGCAAGACGAGCGGGCGACUCAACAAUGGCAUACCUCAAGUUCCAGUAAAAAGAGGAGAAUCAGAAUUUGAUGCAUUCAGGCAGUCUUUGCCAGUGUUUGAGAAACAAGAAGAGAUUGUUAACAUAAUUAAGGAAAAUAAAGUAGUUUUGAUUGUAGGAGAAACUGGGUCAGGAAAGACCACACAGAUUCCUCAGUUCCUCUUAGAUGACUGCUUUAAAAAUGGAAUCCCCUGCCGCAUAUUUUGUACACAGCCAAGACGAUUAGCAGCCAUUGCUGUGGCUGAAAGAGUUGCUGCCGAGAGAAGGGAAAGAAUUGGUCAAACAAUUGGUUAUCAGAUCCGAUUAGAAAGCAGGGUUUCUCCAAAGACACUGCUGACAUUUUGCACAAAUGGGGUGCUGCUUCGCACAUUGAUGGCCGGGGACAGCACCUUGUCAACAGUGACCCACGUGAUUGUGGAUGAAGUGCAUGAACGGGAUCGAUUUAGUGAUUUUUUACUUACAAAGUUAAGAGAUUUGUUGCAAAAGCACCCAACUUUGAAACUGAUUCUUUCAAGUGCUGCCUUGGAUGUAAAUCUCUUUAUAAGAUAUUUUGGAAGUUGUCCAGUGAUAUAUAUACAAGGAAGACCAUUUGAGGUAAAAGAAAUGUUUCUGGAAGAUAUUCUAAAAACGACUGGAUAUACCAACAAAGAAAUGUUAAAGUACAAAAAAGAAAAACAGCGAGAAGAGAAACAGCAAACCACGCUCACAGAAUGGUACUCGGCACAGGAGAAUACGUUCAAGCCUGAGUCUCAGAGGCAGAGAGCCGUUCCCAGCGUGACUGAAGAGUACGAUGUACUGGAUGAUGGUGGUGAUGCAGUCUUCAGUCAGUUGACAGAAAAAGAUGUGAACUGUCUAGAACCAUGGCUAAUAAAGGACAUGGACUCCUGUCUCUCUGACAUAUGGCUACAUAAAGACAUCGAUGCUUUUGCUCAGGUCUUCCACCUUAUUUUAACCGAAAAUGUUAGUGUUGAUUACAGACAUAGUGAGACCAGUGCGACAGCUCUGAUGGUUGCUGCUGGACGAGGCUUCACAAGUCAAGUAGAGCAGUUAAUCAGCAUGGGAGCCAAUGUUCAUAGUAAAGCGUCAAAUGGCUGGAUGGCUUUAGAUUGGGCUAAACACUUUGGACAGACUGAAAUUGUGGAUCUUCUAGAAUCUUACAGUGCUUCAUUGGAGUUUGGCAAUCUAGAUGAAAGUUCUCUGGUCCAAACAAAUGGAAAUGACCUCAGUGCAGAAGACAGAGAGCUCCUGAAGGCUUACCAUCACAGUUUUGAUGAUGAGAAAGUAGACUUGGAUUUGAUCAUGCAUCUUCUAUACAAUAUCUGUCAUAGUUGUGAUGCUGGUGCGGUCCUAAUUUUUCUGCCUGGAUAUGAUGAAAUAGUUGGUCUCAGGGAUCGCAUCCUGUUUGAUGACAAGCGGUUUGCUGACAAUACACAUAGAUAUCAAGUCUUUAUGCUUCAUUCAAAUAUGCAAACAUCUGAUCAAAAGAAGGUAUUAAAAAACCCACCUGCAGGUGUUCGAAAAAUAAUCCUUUCCACCAACAUUGCUGAAACCAGCAUCACUGUCAACGAUGUUGUCUUCGUCAUUGAUUCGGGCAAAGUGAAAGAGAAAUCCUUUGAUGCAUUGAACUUUGUAACAAUGUUAAAAAUGGUGUGGAUUUCCAAAGCUAGUGCUAUUCAGCGGAAAGGCAGAGCGGGGCGAUGUAGACCUGGAAUUUGUUUCCGUCUGUUUAGUAGACUACGAUUUCAGAAUAUGUUGGAAUUUCAGACUCCAGAACUUUUGAGAAUGCCAUUACAGGAGCUUUGUUUACACACCAAGCUGUUAGCCCCAGUGAAUUGCACCAUUGCUGAUUUCCUGAUGAAAGCCCCCGAACCUCCGCCAGCUUUAAUUGUAAGAAAUGCAGUACAGAUGCUUAAGACAAUAGAUGCCAUGGACGCCUGGGAAGAUCUGACAGAACUCGGGUAUCAUUUGGCUGACUUGCCAGUAGAGCCCCAUCUUGGCAAGAUGGUGCUAUGUGCUGUUGUUCUGAAGUGUCUGGACCCCAUCCUUACAAUUGCCUGCACACUAGCGUACCGGGACCCUUUCGUUCUGCCAACGCAGGCCUCUCAAAAGCGAGCGGCCAUGCUCUGCCGGAAGCGCUUCACUGCGGGCACCUUCAGUGACCACAUGGCUCUUCUCAGAGCAUUCCAGGCAUGGCAGAAAGCACGGAGUGAUGGAUGGGAGCGAGCCUUCUGUGAAAAGAACUUUCUUUCACAAGCCACCAUGGAAAUAAUUAUAGGAAUGAGAACACAGCUGCUCGGUCAGCUUAGAGCAUCAGGUUUUGUUAGAGCGCGAGGUGGUGGUGACAUCCGAGAUGUUAACACAAACUCCGAGAACUGGGCUGUCGUUAAGGCUGCAUUGGUGGCAGGCAUGUAUCCUAAUUUAGUCCAUGUGGACAGAGAGAAUGUAGUACUGACAGGGCCAAAGGAGAAAAAAGUACGAUUUCAUCCCACCUCAGUUCUCAGUCAGCCUCAAUAUAAAAAGAUUCCUCCAGCCAAUGGUCAGGCUGCAGCAAUCCAGGCACUGCCCACAGAUUGGCUUAUUUAUGAUGAGAUGACUAGAGCCCAUAGAAUAGCUAAUAUUAGAUGUUGUUCAGCAGUGACACCUGUCACUGUAUUGGUGUUCUGUGGACCAGCUCGACUAGCAAGCAAUGCUCUUCAGGAACCUUCAUCCUUUAGAGCAGAUGGCGUUCCCAAUGACAGUAGUGACAGUGAAGUGGAGGACAGAACUACUGCUAACUUGGCUGCAUUGAAACUUGAUGAGUGGCUCAAUUUUAAACUAGAGCCAGAGGCCGCCAGUUUAUUGCUGCAGCUCAGACAGAAGUGGCACAGUCUGUUUUUACGCCGAAUGAGAGCUCCAUCUAAACCCUGGUCUCAAGUGGAUGAAGCCACCAUACGAGCAAUUAUAGCUGUGUUAAGUACGGAGGAGCAAUCUGCAGGUUUACAGCAACCAUCUGGGAUUGGCCAGAGGCCAAGACCUAUGUCUUCAGAAGAACUUCCUUUGGCAUCCUCUUGGAGGUCAAAUAAUAGUAGGAAAAGUUCAGCAGACACUGAAUUUCCUGAUGAGUCUACUACUGCAGAAAGAGUACUGACGAAAUCUCCAUCUCCAGCCUUACACCCUCCUCAGAAGUACAAAGACAGAGGAAUUUUACAUCCAAAGCGGAGCACUGAGGACCGAUCAGACCAGUGCUCUGUGAAGUCUGCGGACAGCAGCACCUACCCAAGUCCUUGUGCAAGUCCUUCCCCACCAUCUUCAGGAAAGGGCUCAAAAUCUCCUUCACCAAGACCAAACAUGCCUGUUCGGUACUUCAUAAUGAAGAGUAGCAAUCUGAGAAACCUUGAAAUUUCUCAACAGAAGGGCAUCUGGUCUACAACCCCUAGUAAUGAGCGGAAGCUAAAUCGGGCCUUUUGGGAGAGCAGCAUGGUUUACUUGGUAUUUUCUGUUCAAGGAUCUGGACAUUUCCAGGGGUUUUCCCGUAUGUCUUCUGAGAUAGGAAGGGAGAAGAGCCAAGACUGGGGCUCAGCGGGCCUGGGCGGGGUCUUUAAGGUGGAGUGGAUACGAAAAGAGAGCCUUCCCUUCCAGUGUGCACACCACCUGCUCAACCCGUGGAAUGACAACAAGAAGGUGCAGAUAAGCCGGGAUGGGCAGGAGCUAGAACCACAGGUUGGUGAACAGUUGCUCCAGUUAUGGGAACGCCUUCCUUUGGGAGAAAAACCCACAAGUGACUGACAAUGCAGAAUGCUUUGCCGUGGAAGAACAUGCCCAGAGGAAACUCGAAAUGUACCAAGUUUCCCAAACGGAGAGGGGUGUGCGGCACGUGUGAUGAGUGUGGUCGCAGUGCUGCUUCCGAUGCCGUCUUCACGUGUGAGAACUAUAGUGAUCAUAGGGAGCACAGCAGUAAUAAUUCCAUGGCUUGACACAACAGCACUUACUUUGCUUUACAACGCACUGAUCACUUUGUAACGCAGAGCAGGCAUGACUAUCGGUUUUUCUGAGCACCAUGUAGAAGAGUCAGUUCUUUAUUCACCACCAAGAAAAAAAUGCCAGCAGCCAACUAACUUUAUAAAUGGCCUUUAUAAAUAGUGUGUGUUAAGAACUGCUCAUUCUGUCAUUUAAGCCAGAGACAUAUUGGAAAAAAAUAAAAAAAGAAGGAAUGCUCUUUUUUGUGUGUGAUUAGAUAAAACGCAGUAAAAUCUAAAGAAGGGCAGAACUCCUUCCUGCCUUGAUAAAUGAGGUGGUGUGCUUAGCUGAGUCUAGAGCUGCCUCUUUUAAACUGAGAAGUCCCAUAUUCCUCCCUCUUUUUUCUUCCUCCCUCCUUCCCUCUCUUCCUCUCUUCUCCCUUCCUCCUCCCUCUCUCUUUCUCCCCCAUAACAGCUUUCACAUGUCCCUCACAUGAGCACAGUAAUUUUGACAUCUUUGGCUAUAUAGCACCUUGUUAAAGAUUUAAAGACAUUUCUACAAGUUUUAAAAGAUACACAGCAGUUAUUGGUAGCUUGGUUGCUUUAUGUCUUUGAAGCUAAAACACACAAGGACCACAGUUCUAAAUGUCUUCUUUAAUGUUUAAUUUCUUUUUUCUAACUUAUGUUUCAGACAUGGCUUCCACCUUUUCUGCAUUUACUACUUAAUAAAUGGGGAUUUAAAAAAUUUCCAACCUAUGCUAAUGCCAAGUCUCAGGUUUCUUUGUCCUCUCAGAGUUGCUUGGUUUGUACAGUUCCCUUAGAGGCUUGUUCAAGGGGAAUAGAAGGAUAGGGUAUGUGGGAAAAAAAAUACCUGAAUACACUAGACUGGAUACUUCUUCUCAUGGUAUCUUUGAGUUGUUGUCAUAAAGAAAAAAAUGGAUUUUCUUUAAAGAUAAAAUUCUAAGUACUCUGGUUCUGUAUUUGAGAAGAAAUGCAAAAUCAUUGGUCAACAAAAAAUCUUGAGACCAUCAGUUCUCUCUGAGAAGCAUUAUUGGUGCAUUAGAAUGUCAGCCGUGAUUUUUGUUUGUAUUAGCUGUAUUAGUAGCUCUUAGGUUUGUUCUUUUUAUACUUUGAAGUACACCUGUAAGUUGAGCCUAUAUGAAUUAUGUUCCAUUUUACAUGUAUUACAUUUCUUUUCCUAUUAGAUCAGCUUAUGUUUUCCUGAUAAUGUGUACUUUUUUUUUUUAAAGAUAUAUACUUAGUAAUUUUCAGUGUUUUAGAUUUGGAAGGACUUCAAAAAAAUACAGCUUGUUUAAAUUUUCACGUUUUCUAAUAUCUAGCCUUGUAUGUAAAUGAUGAGUUUGUUGGUAUUUAAAAUGAGUACAGUUUGAAUGUAAUUAAAAUGUUGUUUUUGGAAGAAAUGAACUUUAAAUGUUAAUAUGCUUAUUAAAUCUAUUAAAUUAUUUAGA